AUAUUUAUUUAUCAUAUUUAUGUAACUAUUUAUUUAUUCCUCAUUGUUUUAAUUGAGAUUGAGAUUGUUUUAAUUUAAUUGUUGUUUUAUACCUGUUUUUAGUUUAGUAGUUUAACUAGGUGUGCCAAUAAUUCUGAGGGGCACUGUAAAUGGCAAACUCUAAAGUCUGACUAAAGCUAAUUUAAUAAUGAGGCAAAACCUAUUUGAAUCCACAGUAAAUCUAAUUACCAUGACCAAGAUCUGAGACAGAAACAUUGGUUGGUCAGCUCGAUGCUCCCACAUGGCAUGGCUUUAGUUCAUGCACAAGACACUUUUCACAUCGAGUGGCUUUGUACGUUGCCUGUCAUUUGAAUUGCAGCCCCUUAUGUCUAGCUUUGUGAAUGUGGCUUGAGUGAUAAUGCUGAACUCAUAAAUUCUCUACACUUUGUGUGAUUUAAGGUGCUCUGUUAAAUCAUAGAAGUAAGAGUGUUGUCAAAAAUCAUCUGAUAAUUAGUGACAUGAGGUGGACGUGGACUGAAAGGUCUUGAUCAUUUCCCUUCUACAGAAAGAUGCUAUCAUGGGUUGUUGAGCAAUGCUGUGUAACCACAGAUGAGUCACUAACGUGAAAUUAGUCACUUCCAUUUCACGAUAUAGUUGGGAGCUACAUGCCUUAUGGCAGCAAUGGUUGGAUGUUACAAUUGUGGUAAGAAUACUUUUGUCUUAAGAAGUGUUUUUAUAUUUUGAUGGAAAUUCAACAAACCUCAAGUUUCAAGUUCAAUAACAGAUCAUUAGAUCACAGAAACUAUAAAGAAUCUAUGCAGUGCUGUGUUUGCAAGGAACAGAAUGGACAUACGCAGCCCAUUUGUGCUACAGCUCAUGUCUGUGGUGUUCACACGGUAUUGUGAAACAUCUUUUGCCAAAAGUUGCAGUGAACAAGGUCACCACUCUCUGCCUGAGGUGCAUUUCAACUAUGAAGAGUUGACAAUUACAGGCAGCAACUUGACAAAUUGUGAGCAUUCAAGAGAUUACUGUGUUAUAGACAAGAGUGACUGCAUGUCAACUCACGCAAUGCAUAGUGGAUUCAUUUCUGACCCAGUUGAAAACUUUACAUGUUUUUUUAUGGAAACACCUGAGUCUCUAAGCUGCAGUUGGAAGACAGAGAGGAAUGAGCAUCCUGGAAAAACAAAGAGCUCUCUCAUAUUCAGCAGCAUAAUUGGAUUUGCAUACUGUCAGCAUGUCUUAUUCAUUGGCGCCAAGUUCAACAUCACCCUAAAGUUGCAGAACACCGAGAACAGAGAGGAAAGGCUAUCUGGUCCCUACUAUGCUCACUUACUGAAAUUAGUCAAACCACCUCGUCCAGUUGUCACAGAAAUUGUGACAUCGCAUAACUCCCUCAAUAUGACCUGGACAACUGAAGACACUUCCUCAGGGAGUUGCCAAAUACGUCACAAACCCAACAACACUGACGUGUGGACUAAAAUACCUGAACUGGCACCGGUACACCAUGGGAACAAGAUUAUGUAUAUGAUUGACUGCCUUCAGCCAGAUAUGCUUUAUACAGUCAGUGUGUCCUGUCUUGGCCAAUAUGGUGAAAUAUGGAGUGACUGGAGUGAGGAACAUUCUAGAAUGACAUCAGAGUCUGCUCCAAGCUAUCCUCCCCGAGUCUGCUAUCACACUGAGGAUUUCAGCUCUCAUGGAACCCAGAGGAUCUUACUACUGGCAGCAGACACAGCUGAACCUCCUGCCAACGGCCAUAGCACUGUUCUUGGAUACAGCAUCUCCCACAUGCCCAGUUCUCAACCCCAUCUGAAGAGGACUGUAACCAGCAGCAGCCCCAGAGUCAGCCUUGUGGUAGUGAGAGGGGCGUACAACAUUAAUGUGACAGCAUACAACAGGGCUGGAGACUCCCCAGUGCACCAUCUCAGGGUUGCUGCAGGGCCCGCGCACAAUGUGGCAGCAGUGCAGGGCUUGUGGAUGCACUCCAAAGAUGGCAAACUGUUUGUGCAGUGGGAGGCGGACCCGGCCGUGUCUGAGUUUGCCAUGGAGAGGGUGGCCGAAGCAAAUCCCAACGACACACACUGGACACGGAUAGCAGGUUCUGGCCAUGUGCUCACUGCUCUGACAGGAGACAUCACACCCAAGCAGACGUACAACAUCAGUGUCUACCCUAUCUCUGGAGAACACUGUGGCCCACCCAGGUCACUGCAGGCCAACCUGGAGAGUGGCGUUUUGGUGGAUGUGGUGGAUUUGAGAGUUGCCAUGGUGACCAAACACAAAGCUAUCAUCCAGUGGGCAUGGCAAAGGAAGCAGCACCAGACCAGCAUUCUCCUGUACAAGCUGACGCUCAGGAGUGAGACAGGAACUCAGUCCAUUAUGGUUACUCCAGACAUGAGCCAGUACUCAUUCACCUCACUGAAGGCCAACACUCAGUACUCAGUCCUCUUAUUUGUCAAGACCCAUGAGAGUAACACUUCCAAAUACAAAGAAGACUUCACCACACCACGCCUGGAUCAGCAGGAAGAGACAGCUAAGACUCUAAGAGUACUUGUCCCUCUAUUCGUUCUCAUCAUUGCAGCUGGUGUUUUCACAUCUCAAAUUGUCUACAGAAAAUACAUCAUCCUGCAGGUUGCAGACCCAAAGCAAAGUGCUGCUGUUCGCUGGCUCAUGAGCUCUCAAGUGACAGGUGAUAACCAGAAGGUGCUGCAGGUGGUGGACCUCUGUCUGAAUGAGACUCAUGAAAUACUGGUGGACGAGAAGACCUGCAUAAUGCCUGAAGACAACACGAGAACAAGUCAAGAUUUUGUGAAGUCAAAGAAUGGUGAAUGUAUGGAAUAUGUUGGGAGUAAUGAUUUGUUGGCCUUUAAAGAUCUUGCUGAAAGCCCUCCUACCCACAGCAAUGCUGAAUAUGUUCACAGUGUCCAUUUUCUCGAAAACGGAUAUCGUGAUGAAAAUGUUUGUGCUAUGGCUAAACUUGAUGUCAAUAGAAUUUCAAGACCACCGAAUACAGGUGAUGAAGAAAACAAUGCUUUUAAAGGCAGCAUAGAGUAUGUUGAAAGCGUUUUGGCUCAAGACUGUUUUGUAGACAGUGCCCAUACCAUGAGUAACAUCUCCGCAGAAAGCAUUCCUAUAAAAACUAUUACUGAUACAGAUAGCAUUCCUCUACAUUUUAAAAGUUAUGUUAGCAACAUUCCACCAAACAGCCUUUUCAGAGGAAUCAUAUCCCUCCAACCAAACAAAGGCAACCCUCUCAGUGAUCCACCUCAGGCUAGUGCACAUGAUGCAGAAGCUGCUCCAACCUGGAGCAUUCCGCCCUCAGCAGGCGCUUAUGUGGGUAGCAGCUCUAAUGGCUCAGCUUCAGACAACAUGAAUCCCCACAUGGCAGAGAGCAUGGAGAGCAAGUGUCCUGUGAUGAAAGAUGGUUAUGUCUGCACAGCUCCUGUCUCUACUGAUGAUAGAGAUGCGACUGGAAGCAGUUCCUUCCUGGACGGAGCAGGCAGUGUUGCUCCCUUCACUAAUGCUGACUUGCUCUCCUGACCCAACACACAUUACUGAAAGUCACCCUCUACCGGUAAACACUUGUUACGUUUACCCUGCUAAUGUAGAUUACACUGAUGGGAUUCCUGAUAACUCCGAGCAUGUACAGACAGGCCCUUCUUGUCAUACAAAAUCUAUAGCUUCCAUGUUCUCUGGCUAUUUAGAUUAUGUAACCAACUGUCCAGGGAAUCUCAGCUCAUGGCAUCCUUUCCCCAUACCUUUCAAUAGGAAUGCUUUUGUAUGUUAUAAUGGCACAAAUGAGAAAUUAUAUAUAAUAAUGCAUUACAUCACUCAAUGCUACAUUGAGUGAAACAUUAAAAUGCUUUACAGGUGAUGUUGAUGAUUAUGGUUGAUGGUUGAUGGUUAUGGACAGGCUUCAAACGGAAGAGAUUGUUAUGAAGUCCUAAAUGACAAAAAUGAAACACUGGAUUCAAUCACUGCAUCAGUUACCAUAAACUGAUGUAAACACCUUUAUUCCAUCAUUAACAUUCAAAUGUUGAUCAAUCACAAGGUAACUUUCAUGUCAAUUCAACAGCAUUAAUAUUCAGUUGCGUAUCUGAAUGUCACUGAAUGGCUGUCAGCACAACUUGCUGAAAGUCCCUUGGUGGUAUAAUCAUGAAGAUGAAUUCAUGGCUAUGUAACACACUUGGACAGAGUGGAGAACACCAUAGCACAUUAGGGCUUCAAGAUCAAUUGAUCUGUUCAUUAAAAGUGAUUUCCGUGACAGUCUCUUGGCGGUAUAACACAAAGUUCUGAAAAUGCAUUCCUGGUUUCAAUCGCUCUUUGGGGUUGAAACUUCACCCAUUUGUACCACAAUCUCUCAUAUGUCUCUCUGUAUAAAGCUCCAAGUGAAACCAACACCUGCAUUUCCUCACAAAAUAGUUCUGUGUGGUUCCAGUGGCCUGUAAGGCUUAUGGUUGUGUGUGGUUUUGGUAGCUUGUAAGGCUUCUAUGGUUGAUUUUUGAAGUGCCACCUGUAGCCACAUUGUGACUUCAAUACCUCCUUAAUAUUUGUUUUCUUUAAAUAAAUAUAUUUUCAAAUUUA